AUGGACCAGAUGGACACAUCCUUUGUGGUGUACAAAGGUGCUAGGAGGGUCACCCUGAAAGAGGAUGACAUGACUCUGGACAAAAUCGGCAGAAUAUUUCAGAUUUUGGACUUGAGCAGCCACAGUGGCAGGUGGGUAAAACAGUUAAUUUCCAACCUUGAUGUAUGGGCAGAGUGUACGCUGCGUCUCACAGGUGGACGGGCAGGUCAGUCAUCUGCCUCCAUGCAGCAGGAGAGCCAGAGGGAGAUGGAGGAGGAACGCAAACGGGCGUGCCACCUACAGGCCGAGCUUGAUGAGCUGAAGGCCAGGUAUGAAGAGAAGAGCCGCGAAGUGGUGCGAGCCCAGGAGGAGCUGCAAGAGGAGCGCAGAAGUGGCCGACGGAUUCCAGCAGAGGAAAGGAAGCUGAAUAUGGAGCAAGUAGCCAGGCUGCAGUGUGAGAUCGAGGCAGCUGAUGUAAGGAUCGAGGAGGAAAGGAAGAGAGCGGCCGAGUUGCUACUGCAGGUGAACCUUCUUCAGAAAUCUCUCCUGACUCAGCAUGAAGAUCAGAAAAGAAUAGCAGUUUUAGAGCAACAGAUCCAUUUGGUUGCUGGAAACUGUGAGACUGAGGAACGGGACCGUCAACAUCUAGAGCGCCAGCUCCAUAAAGCACUGAAGGAGCUUCGCAAGGCUCGAGACCAAAUCACACGCUUGGAGACAGCAAAACAGCACCAAGAAACUCGGUUCUCUGAGCCGAGCUCAUACAGGCUGGAUUUGGAGAUGACCAUUCAAGACCGCAUCCUGAACCCAACAUCUCCAGUAAAGAGCUCCAGCCUGUUAGAUGAGAGCUUUCUGGAGUGUCCCAAUUGCAGGGCCUCAUACCCUACAAGCCAGCACCGAGAGCUCCUUGCACAUCUUGAGUACUGCUUUAGUUAA